AUGGACCCAAUUCGACCGGAAUUCGAACUUUUGGACUCAGCAGGACUUGAGUAUCACCGUUGGGCCGCUGAUGUGGAAACUACCUUCUUUGCAAAGGAUUUCACCUCUACUAUCAAGCCAUCUGCCGACGGUGCUCCGGUAACUGAGAAAGACAAAGCUAAUGCUCUCAUGUUCCUCAAGAGGCAUAUCGAUCCUAACCUGCGAUGGGGUUAUCAUCACUUGAAGACACCAAAAGAGCUAUGGGAUGCUCUCGAUAGCCGGUUUGGUAACAUUCACGAUUCCUUAAUACCACAAUUGAACGUCUUGUGGAAUGAAAUCCGGUUUCUCAAUUAUGUAAAAGUGAAUGAUUUCCAAAAAGACAUGCUGCAAAUUCAGGCACGUAUGGACUUUUGUGGAAAGAAAUUUACUGAUGAGGAAAUGAUUCAGAAAACCCUAUCGACCUUUCCUACCUCUUCCAUGAUCCUAGCAAACCAGUAUCGUUUAGAGGUAGAUAACAAAAGAAUCACCACAUUCAGUAGGUUGAUAAACUUACUGCAAGUGGCCGAAAGGCACAAUGAGAUUCUUGUCAACAACAAUGCCAGAGCUGUCGGGAAAAAGAAAGUUCCCGAAGCCAAUCAUGGCAAGGUCAACAAAGGGAAGGGCCCCAAAGGAAAUAGGGCUCGAGAAGGAACUUCUGGCCAUAGUGGUAGUGAUCCUAAGUUCGAGAAAACCUCUAUGAAUCCCGCCACUAAAAAGGCUGCAGAUGGAAGUGCACCUUGUUUUAAGUGUGGAUUCACCGGACAUUGGUACAAGCAUUGCAAGGCUAGCGCCAAUGUAGCUACGAGCUACAAAAAGUACCGGGAAGCUAUCGAACAUGAGGCUAAUUACACAGAAGAAAAUACUGUUACCCCUGAUGCUAACCUCACAAUCUCAGAUUUCCUGUGA